CCUAGAAGGAUCGGAGCGAGCGACGCGCACGCAUUUCAUGCGCCGCGUCAUCGUGAUUUAAAGAGAACGUAGAUUAUCGUACAACAUCAAACGUUACGAUUGAACUUACGUAAACAUACGUACAUAUAAAUAAACAAAUUCUUUAUAUCAUUAUAUAUACACGCGUAUAUAUAAGCGUACUGAUAAAUCAAUUGAAAUAUUGAAAAUAAAUAAAAAUAUUCGUAUCGUAAUAGAACGGUUUUAGGAUCCAUAGAAAAUAGUGUUCUCGUCGUCGUUAUUUGUUCCAUCGACAACGUGGCUCUUUCACCGCAAUUUAUUCAUUUUAACGAGCCCAACACAAAAACGCUUCCACACACGACACCUUGACAAGUGCGCGCGUGUUAUUAUUUUUAUUUUGUGGGUGAAAAGUUGGUGUCAGUGACCUAUAAUCGUACUAUGUAUGUUUGUUGGAAAGAGUCCGCUGAGACACUUGCAUAUAUUCGCUUGUGAAACCUCUUAGUUUCAGGUUCGGAGCCUGGUAGGACGGGUCUCUCUUCUCUUCGAGAUCCGGCACGGAUACACGCAGCCUCAACAUCACUGUUUUCCUUUUUUUAUUAUCAUUAUUAUCAACGUUAUCAUUGACUCCUCGAUUGGAUAAUUGACCUCGUUACUCGUGACUCGAUCGAAAUACUCGUAUCGAUCCCUCCGUGAGGAGAGUACCCGCAUCGAUCUGAGCGACGACGACGACAACAACAACAACAACAACAACAACAACAACAUCGGCGGCAACAACGUGUCUGUGCGGGGGACCAAAUUUCUCGAGAUACAAAACUUUUGCUCGAUCCAUCGAUCCCGUACCUCGACCGGACCUGAGGAUACUUCGAGGGGGAUCAUCGCAGUCAUCGCAUCGGAUCUCAAACCGUCCGAUGAAUCGAUCGCGUGAACUUGUUCGCUCGGAACGGAGAAGAAAAACUUGUGGCUGUGGGCAAAACUUUGAUAGAAUCGUGGAUUUCAUUGAAAAGUGAUAUUCCGCGUUCGUGCUGUUUUUCCAAUCCCCUUUGGAUCAACGAGUCUCCAUGUCAACGAGCGUCAAGUUUAUCGACGCUUUAUAUUUCGACGACACGAACUGUUCGACGUUUCGGUCAAUCGAAUCCACGUCGACGAAUGUCCGGGUCGGAUCAAACGCCGGAAGCUCAAUGCAUGAGGAGUGUCGAUGAACGUGUGCUGGAUGUGUUGGAAGGGUGCGCGCGGAAUAUCGGUGGUGAACAUUGCGAAAACGGGGUGAAAAGGAUCCCCGUCGAGUGAGGGGAAAGGAACGGUGGCCCUGAGAUAACAGCGGCGUUGAAUAUCGUUCGCCAACGUCCCAGUGCGCGUGUGUCUUCAGGAUCAUUAAUGAAUUUCGGUUUUUUGGAUAAUUGAUCGAAGGAAAAAUCGGCGACGAAGAAUACUCGAAGGCGAUGACACGCCGCCGGUCCCGUCACCGUCCACAGCGCGUUGAUCGUCUCGACUGAGGGCGAGGGAGAGAGGCGCGCGCGCGUUCGCGCGCGAACGUACGCAAAGUGCGAACGUGGAGAGGAGCGAGUGCAAGUGUGUGUGUGUGUGUGUGUGUGUAUGUGUGUGCGGAGAAAAGGGACGUUUGGGGAAAACGUUUGCAGAGCCGAGUGGAAGUACACGAGCCGCGGAAAGGUGGAUUUGUGCACAAACGGAGUAAAAAAGUUGAGAGUGUUUGAGGGAAUAAAUAAAAAAAGGGAGAAAGUCGAUUCCCCGAAAUAAGGUCGUUGAAAUAACGAGACUGGCGAGCAGGCGGGGACGUUUCAAUGACGAUUACGAGCCGUGAGAAAACUGUCGGAGUUGGAUCUCCGAGAUCCAAGUGACAAGCGGCGACGGCCAGUGUCGUAGUUUGUAGUUUUUGUGGCCAUCUCCCGCUUCUCUCGGAACUCGGAGGAAAGAGAAGCGCGCUCAGUCCCCCUCGAGGAAAACUCGGCUGAAAGAUACUCUCGAAUUUAAUGGUGAUCCAAAAUUCGAAACGAUAUUGUUUGUUAUUGGUGGUAUUCCGAGAGUGCACGUGUGACUGAUAUUUCUGAGUGCGUUCGAUCUUACAAGAUCGCUAAAGUGGCACGGCAAGACAGUGAGAGGAUAAACGCAGUGGGCUUGGUGAUUUGGUUUUUCGUUACGUCGAGGUAAUCCUCGAAUCCGUCAAAGUGGCUUCGUCACUCGGGCUCCAGGGGCCUUCAGCGCCGAUCGGGGCCCAAUUAUUGGCUUCUACCGGUGGUAAGGAUGAUCAUACGAGCGCAUCUACCACCCUCGCCGUUUAUCACGCUAAUCUCGUAGCCGGUAGUAACAGUACGGUGACAGCGGCCCUACAGCAGUCUCCAUUACUGACCUCCCUCAAUUCGGCCGCUGCCCUAGCAAGCAUGCAGGCCUCAGCGGAGGCCAAUUCCCUCGAUCUACAGGCCAUGCAAUCCAUGGAAUGGCUCUUUAAGAAGGAACGCUUUUACAUCCUCGUCCAGUUCUGGCAACAGAGGGCGAUGCUGGCCGAGAAGGAGGUGACGACGUUGAAGGAGAAGCUCGCCGCGCUGAGCGACCGAGGUAUCAAGACUGAGGGACAGCAACAGUCCCAAAAUGCCCAAAGCGGGGAUCACGACUCGAGCAAUCCGAGGAGAACUCCGAACAACACGCUCGAACAAGAGCUUCAAACCAGGGACAAAGAGAUCAGUCGAUUGGUCGAGGAGGUUUCGAGGUUACAGCAAAGCCUGCAGCGUCUUCAGGAAACGAGCUCGCAGACGGCGUCGCGUCUCGAGGAGGAGCUCGAGGCACGCCGACAGCACACCGCCCGUUUGGAGGGCAAGCUCGAACGCCAGCGUGACUACGACGAUAUCAAGCGUGAGAUAAGCAUUUUGAGAUCGGUCGAUCUCUCGCAAAUACCGACUGGCGAACCCGGCAAGAGCCUCGAACAUCUCCUAAUGGAAAGGUCCAAAGCGUUACAACAGGCCGAAACACUCAAACCUCCGAGCACUCCGGAUGCGCUUGGUGGACUAGCCUCACCCCUUCAGCGCACCGCGACCGCUUCACCCCACGCUCUUGGUGGUGGUGUAGGUGGUGCUGCCGGUGUCGUGAUUGGUGGGAGUGCUGCACCGCCACCCGCGUCCCUCGUCUCCUGUUCCCAACAAGCAAUCCCGAGUCGGUCGACCCCGACACCCUCGUCGGCAACUUCGACUGCCUCGUCGCUCCUAUUCCCACCACCUCUCCAGAAUGUCGAAACCUUUGGCUCUUUCCUCGGCGAGGAGAUCGUCGCCAACUGGAGGCGGUCCCUGGAGAGAUCGAUCAUAAGUCAGCAGCAGCAGCAGCAGCAGCAGCAGCAGCAACAGCAGCAGCAGCAACAACAACAACACCACCAACAACAGCAGCAGCAGCAACAGCAUCAAGCCCAACAACAACUUCCUCAGCAACAACAGUCGCAACUACAGCAACAAGCACUACCGUUACAAUCACAAAACCAAGCUCUCUCCCAGCUCCAGCAGUCACAACCGGUUGUUGCAGCUGCUGCUGCUGCUGUUGCGGUGCACCAAGCCCUCCAACAGCAACAAUCGAUGCACUCGUUGCAUCAACCGACGACAACGAACCUAAAUCACCUUCCAUCGCCAACAGAUAACCCAUCGUCGUCGGCAUCGUUAACGAACACACCAGCCAAAUCGAACACGCCACAAUUGGGGGGUAGCAGUCUCAUGAGCGGCGGCGGUGCCAGCGGCGGUUGCCUCGACGCUACGGAAAAGGCGCCAACGCCGAUACCCGGCCACGAAACACCCGCGCCACCGACGCCCUCCUCCACCGUCGCCCUGACGUCACCCUCGAUACCAAUGGCCGUUAAUGCCCUCCAACCACCGCAUUCGGCAUCGACUGCGACCACAACGAUACUUGACACGUUGCACACGACCAACACCGGCAUCAUGAACGGCUCGAGUAUAGGAAUGUUACCGAGCAUGCUCCCGACGUCGCUUCCACCAAAGAGUCCUCAGGAGGAAUCCUGUCACAACAACAACAACAACAACAACAACAACCACAACAACAAUAACAACAACAACAGCCAUCAUCUGGCGAACAACAACAUCGGUGGCCUCAGCGUUCUCGACACCCUGAAAAGCCCUUUCCGAUUCGACGACCGAAACCAUCCGUUCAGAUUCGGGGACGAAUUCGGCGCCGCAGGAAUGGCUGGACGACUCGGUGAAUCGCUUAUACCAAAAGGCGACCCCAUGGAAGCGAGACUCCAAGAAAUGUUGCGCUACAACAUGGACAAAUACGCCUCGCAAAAUCUCGACACCCUCCACAUCGCGAGGCGAGUCAGAGAACUCCUCUCGAUACACAAUAUCGGCCAGAGGCUCUUUGCCAAAUACGUCCUCGGACUGAGCCAGGGAACGGUCAGCGAACUACUCAGCAAACCGAAACCCUGGGACAAGCUCACGGAGAAAGGACGCGACAGCUACAGGAAGAUGCACGGAUGGGCUUGUGACGAAAAUGCAGUGAUGCUCCUCAAAUCCCUCAUACCGAAGAAAGAGUAUGUUUCAGGCAAGGAGCAGGGUAUGCCAGCAUUUGGACGUGCUCCACAGGAUGGUGGCACGAAUGACAUGAGCGACGAGAGGCUGGCGCACAUACUUUCGGAAUCCGGGCACCUUCAGAUGAGCAGAAGCGAGCACGAUACUUCGAACGACGCGGACAGCAAGAGUCCGAGCAGACUCGGAUGUCCCAGUCCGUUUGGCAAGGACCGAAUGGACAGUCAGAACAGAAGACUGAAGAAGUACGAAAACGACGACAUUCCCCAGGAAAAAGUUGUACGAAUAUACCAGGAAGAGUUGGCUAAAUUGAUGGGCAGACGACCCGACGACCUUCGGGGACCGCGAGAUUUUACAUCGAGCGCGAUGUUUCCACACUUUUUCAGUGGUGCGCAGGGUCUCCAAGGGAUCGAGAGGACGCAGGAGGACAUAAGAAUGGCUCUGGACGCGUAUCACCGCGAGUUGCAAAAGCUGAACGUAACGACGGGCCAGAAUCCGGGGCUGGCAGGUCUGGGAGGUUUGCCAAACAUCCCCGGGCUGUUGGCGCUGCAGCAGCAGGCGUUGCAGCAGCAUCACAUGGCGGCGAACGGGGGAGUAGUUCAAGAUCUCAGCUUGUCCAAAAUGGAUCCUCGCAACAAGAUGAUGAACGGCGUUACGGAGGAGGAGAAAGACAAAAUGGAGGAGGCGAUGAGGCACGCGGGUAGUGCGUUCUCGUUGGUAAGACCGAAGCAAGAGCCGAGCGGGCCCCAGUCGACCCCCGGCGGUUCCAGCGCGAGUUCCCCACUCGGAAAUUCCAUUUUACCACCGGCAAUGACGCCGAACGAAGAGUUCCCUGGUGCGGCUGCAGCGAGUCCGCUCCAGAGAAUGGCGUCGAUAACGAACAGCCUGAUAAGCCAGCCUUCGACGCCGACGCAUCACGCGACGACGCAACGACCCCUUAAAGCCGUUUUGCCCCCGAUAACUCAGCAACAAUUUGACAUGUAUAACAACCUCAAUACCGAGGACAUUGUAAAAAGGGUGAAGGAACAACUCUCGCAGUACUCCAUUUCUCAACGUCUCUUCGGCGAAUCCGUUCUCGGCCUCUCCCAAGGCUCCGUAUCGGAUCUUCUCGCCAGACCUAAACCGUGGCACAUGCUCACCCAGAAAGGUCGAGAACCGUUCAUCAGGAUGAAGAUGUUUCUCGAGGAUGACAAUGCCGUGCACAAAUUAGUCGCUAGCCAGUACAAAAUCGCUCCGGAGAAGCUCAUGAGGACCGGCGGCUACGGCGGCCUGCCUCGUAAGUUCAACUCAGCAUGCGGAACUCCCAUGAAGCCCAUGCCACCGACGAAACUGGUACAGGAACAAUUGCAGAACGCUGCAAAAGCCCAGGCCGCUGCCCAAGCCGCGGCCCAGGCAGCAGCAGCGGCCCAGCAUCAACAAGAAAACCAGCUCCAGCUCGGCCCGCCGCAACCCAGUGGGCAGCAUCCGUCGCUUUCUCAAUCGACGACUCCGCUGAUGCUGACUCCACCGGGACCCCAUCAUCCUCACGGCCAACUGAGCAUGCAAGAGUUGGCGAAAAAGCAGCAGCAGAUCCAGCAGCAGCAGCAGCAACAACAAGCGGCGCAGCAACAGCAGCAGCAGCAGCAGCAACAGAUGGGCCUCCACUCGCCGCAUCAUCAGAUGGCACCAUCGCCCUUGCGGAAUCUUCACCAGCACAUUUCUUCGAGCGUUUACGAGAUGGCGGCGUUGACGAACGACCUCGACACCCAAACGAUCACGACGAAGAUCAAAGAGGCUCUCCUGGCGAACAACAUCGGCCAGAAGAUCUUCGGCGAAGCUGUACUCGGGCUCUCCCAAGGCUCGGUCAGCGAGCUCCUCAGUAAGCCUAAACCGUGGCACAUGCUCAGUAUAAAAGGUCGGGAGCCCUUCAUCAGAAUGCAAAUGUGGCUCUCGGAUCCGCACAACGUUGACAAACUCCAGGCCCUCAAGAACGAGAGAAGAGAAGCGAACAAGAGACGGCGAAGCAGCGGCCCCGGACACGACAACAGUUCCGAUACCUCGAGCAACGACACCGCCGAGUUCUAUCACGCCUCCUCCCCCGGUCCGGGACUACCGUCCGCCAAAAAGCAGCGAGUACUUUUCUCCGAGGAGCAGAAAGAAGCCCUGAGGUUAGCCUUCGCCCUUGAUCCAUAUCCGAACGUCGCGACGAUCGAGUUCCUCGCCGGCGAACUCGCCCUCUCCUCGAGAACGAUCACCAACUGGUUCCACAAUCACCGCAUGAGACUCAAGCAGCAAACUCCUCACGGACAACCGGAGCCUCAGUCGCCCCGCGAGCCCGGACAACCCUUCGACCCCGUGCAAUUUAGGCUACUCCUCAAUCAAAGACUCCUCGAGAUCCACAAGGAACGUUUGGGCAUCGGGAACGUGCCCAUCCCCUACGGACCAUACUUCAACCCCAACAUCGCUACCCUCAUGAACAACGCCCUCAAGGAACAAUGUUCCGGACUCGAUCUCUCAAUGGGAACCCUCAAGCGGGAACCGAAUCAGGAAUUCGAGGACGAGGACGCCGACGACGCGAUGAGUAACCUCGGCAGCGAAGAUUCGGACGGCUCGGCGAGCAGUAUGAAGCGCAGCGAUACGACCGACCUGAGCCAACAGCCCUCCGCGCCCACGACCGCGAGGUCGAGCAGGAGAAAACCGGCGGCCCCCCAAUGGGUCAACCCGGAGUGGCAGGAGCCCGCCAGGACCGGUGACGAGGUCAUCAUCAACGGCGUCUGCGUCAUGCAGACCGACGACUACGGCGUCAAGCGAGAAAACGAGGAGACCGUCCGGGUCGAGCCGACGCCGGUCCAGGACCGUUACGAGGAAGACGCCGCCAGCGACGUCUCCUCCGUUUCCGGCAACAACGGCCAGGACCGCGAGAGCCCUCUGCCGAGUUUAAAAUCCGGACAAAACAGCCCCGCGACCUCGCCCAGACCACCUUCCAACUCGCAACAACAACAACAACAGCAACAGACCCAACAGCCCACCGACGACGAGAUCCCAACGAAGGACAUCGUCAAAAACGAGCCCGAAGAAACGUGGGAUUAUUGAAAAGCACCACCACCACCACCACCACAGACUUCUUCGAUUCGAUUUUAUAAAAAAACAAAACCCCUCGAGCGGAUCGCGCCGUUUCCCGAGACGCCGAUCAAACAAAAAUCCGCGAGUUCGGCCACCGCUCGUUAUCCGUCUUAAAUAAAUUAAAAAGAAACUUUGCCAAAUGGACUAAUCGACGAGUUUCAAAGUGUGAAAAACUAACGGAGCUUAGCAUUAGUAUAGUAUCGUUUUUUUAGCCGAAGAGAAGCCAGCGAUAGGAUUCGUUGUAGGACCAUGACGAGUCCUGCCUAUCAAUUAGGGGCAUUAUUAUUCGGGAGAGCCGAGCGCCGUCGUAAGCCGAGUGUCGAACGCGAAACUUUGGCCAAUCGCUUACCGCGGGCCGAGAUAAUCGUGAAGGGGAGGGAAGAGGGCUGGAGGAACUCAAAUUAGAGGGUGAGCCCUACCGAUGGGGAAUGGAAGACGAUCGGAGCAAAAUCAAAAACGCGACUUUGACACGUUAUUGAAGAGAUACUAAAAUAAAAAAGGGAGAUUACGAAACGAAACAGUGAGCGACGAACAAACAAAAUAUUAAAGAAUAUAUUAUAUACAAAGUGUCGGUGUGCGUAAUGAAUCCAAGUUAAUUUAAGGGUUCCCCCUUCCCCCAUUCCCGGGGCCCACGUGUAAGCUCCGUGAGAUUGAACUCUGGCCCUGCUGCCCCGUCCCUCAUUCCCGUCUCGUCUUCGACGGCUGUUGCUCGCUGUUGAUCUUGUGAUUUUGUGAGGAAAAAAAAAGCCGUAAGAUAUCGUGAGCACGUGCAGUGACGAUUUUGUGACGAGACAAUGAACGUGCGAGGAGGAUCGUUAACCAGAACAAGAUUCGGGUUCACUUUAGUGCAAUCUUUUCCUUUUUCCUGCCAGUUUCCCCGCGCCCCCUCUUCCCACCAUUGUUGGAAUUUUAUCUUAUUCAUUUUUUAAUAUAAAUAUUAGGACGGAGGAGAGUGCGCAACGAGCGCGCUUUCGAAUCGCCAAUUCGAUUAUAAUUAUUCGUUCUAUAAACGAACAAACGAAAGGAGAUGAGAGUGAAAAGUAUAUGCAAUCGUCAUUGAUGUUAUCGUUUCUAUCACACUUUCCUCUCCCAACCCUUAUCCCCCCGCAGCCCUUAGAAAUUAAGCUGUUGAUGUUAAAUAUUUCUUACUCGAGUCUGACGUGCUCCAAAAUCUCAUUUCAUCCUUUUUCUUUCUUCCCUCUUUCUUUUUCUCUCUUCUGUACAUUUCGAUAAGGUCCAAGCGCCCUUUUCCCUCUCAUUUCAUUUUAUUUUAUUUUUUCAAUUAUUAUUCCGCAUCGCUUCUCGCCCUCCCGGAAAACCUAAUAAUCGACAAUUUUAACAAACGAAAAACAACCUAAGCCCCAUCGACGCUUGAUACGUCACGUCGCUCUUUCCUUUCAAUACGACAUUAAACACGAGAAUUAAAAUUACAAGACGAAGAUUAAGAAAGAACAAAAGAAAAAUCACUUAAGACCGUUACCAAUGUUAUUAUUAUACUAUUGAUGCGUAUUUUAUUACUAUUAUUAUUAUUAUUAUUAUUAUUAUUAUCAUCAUUGUCCACAUUAUUAUGUACGAUUAAUUAUUAUUAUUGACUAUUACAAUUAGUUAUCGUGUGACCAUCGUAUGAGAGCGCGCGAACUGUUACGUGCCGAUAUAUACGAAUGCGAGCUCGAAACGACGUAGCCAAAAAAAAAAACAAGUAAUAAGGAAACGAGCGGUGAUCGUUCGACGUAAUAUCAUUUUUAUUAUUCUCAUGCAUCGUUUUCAUUUUUUUUUUUUUUUCGUUUUUAUUCUCUUUCUCUUAUUUAGGGGAAAAUUAAAAAAAAAAAAAAAAAGUACGAUUACGUUUUUAAUUGUCGUAUUAAUUAAUGGUUGGAGUAUUUGGUUAAUUUUAUCGCUAUCGUCUAUUUUAUUAUUAUUAUUAUUAUUAUUAUUAAUAUUAUUAUUAAUUAUUGAAUUAUCUCGAAAACAAAACGGCUUGUAAAGCCAAUGUGAUAGAGCUUACGUGCGACGAGAGAAAGAAACAAAGAUGGGAUUGCCAAUUCCACUGAAAUACGUAUGGAUGAGCGCGCGUGUGUCCUACUACGUCCGUAUGUGAUUGCGUGCAUGGAGGGAGUGUAUGUUUGUAUACGAAAACGUCGAGAGGGCGCUCGAUAUACGCGGUUUAAAUUUGAUUGAAGCGCGAUACCGAUCACUCCCCCCGUAUUCGAAUUUUCUUUGUAAAUAAAUUGUACAAAACAAAAAGCUAUUGAAAAAGAAAAAAAAAGAAAAACAGGAAAGAAGAAAAAAAAAACAAAAAUGCGAAGACUCGAGAACAAGGAUGAUAAGAAGAUGAUGAGAAUACGAAGAGCCGAAGCGCCGCUGUAAAGAUGAAGAGAGGCGGCGUGUGCUGCGAAGAUCGAAAAAAAAAAUGAAAAAAAAAAACGAAAAAAACAAUCUCAGAUACAUACACGUACACGAAUACACUCAAUUGUAUAUUAUAUAUUUACUUAUCACAUUUAAUCCUCCAUAGGCGUAACGCGUGUGUGUGUGUACAUAUAUUUAUGUAUAUAUGUGCGUAUGCAUACGUGAAAAGUUAAGCAAAAAAAAAAACAAUGAAUAGGAGCAAAUAAAAAUGAAGCAUUAGUCCGAGUAUACAUCGAGGUGAAGAAAAAAAUGGUAAAUGAAAAAGAAUAAAGAGGAAUCGUGAAACCGGAGACAAUUUCAAACGUACCAGAGAAUGAGACUUAGGCCUACUGGACGGAGAAGAAAAAGAACAAUUACGAGCAAAAAUGAUCAUUCGAGCAAUGUCAUAUAUAUAUAUAUAUAUAUAUAUAUAUAUAAAAUAUAUAUUUAUCAAAUGAAGAUCGUAAGUGUAAUAAACGAUCGGUAUGUUAAAAAUCUUUUGUCUUGUUUUGUUUUCAUUUAUCGGGUUUGUUUAUUGGAUGCGAAUACGCCCGAGAGAGAGAGAGAGAGCGAGAGCGAGAGAAUGAGAGUGCGAACGCUUGAAAUUUCCAGUUCGAUGAACAAAAUCGUGCGUGACUGCGUAGCUGCGAAUGUGUACAAAAACAUUUAGAAUUCGUAUGUUUGCCGGCGGAGAGCAGAGGGUAGAGGGCAAAGGGAGGAGAGAAGGGGGGGGGGGGGCGAAGAAGAACAAAAGACAAGGGUUUAUCCUCGAUAUUGCAAAUCAAACACUAGUAUUUAUCCGACUAAGCCGCGGUUAAUCUCCGAUUAAAAUCUAGUCCGCAAUUUUAAUAAACGAGAAAUAAAGAUUUAAAAAAAUAUUGAAAUAAUGAAUAAAGACAGAAGUGAAGAAUUCAUUGGAGGAAAAAAAAAAAAGAGCACGCGAGGGAGCUGGUUUUUGAUAAAAAGACGAAUAACUGAAUAAAGAAUUAAUGAAAAAAAAUGGAAAAAAUAAAAUAAUAAUAAAAGUAAUAAUAAUUGUAUAAGAAAAAGGGCAUUGCGAAUGAAAGACCAGUGACGUUUCUUUAUUCUUCCAAGUCUUGUCAUUCGUUCGUUGAAUUUGCCUUUGUUUUACAAUGUUUUUCUCGUUUUCUCGUUUUCUCGUACUCGCGACUUGUUUUAUUUAAAUAGUACGAAGUCUCCUCGUAACGAUGAUUGUUUAAUGAAAAAUUGUAAUAACUGAUACGUUAAAUCUCGCAUAUCGACCGAACACGACGCGCAGAUUCGUUUUCUCCGGCACAACGAGAACUGCCCGACGAUUGGCGGACUCCGAGCCCAUCGUCAUUUUUACGAUAAAAACAUUUGAAGAAAUCACAUUAAAUAUGAUGGGUUUCCAUCGAACUCCGCCGGUCGCCCCGUUCAUUCGGACAUUAAUUAACGAUCGAAGAAAAAAAGCCUCGGGGAGCAAAGCGACGCGAUCUCAAUUGCGAAAAAUCUACAACGCCGCUUCAAAAGUUCAUAAAAUUCUAUACAAAUCGUCGAAAUAACUUCUUCCAAUUUAUUUUCAUUGGAAUAAAAAAUAAACAACACGCUGUGACUUUCUGUACAAAAGACGACGAACGAACAAAAGUAAGGUUAGGUCCCGCGAAUCAUCGUGUCAAAUUCAUUUGAAACGCAGAAUCCCGAACAAAGACAAAAACCGCCAAUUCAUAUCCGCGUGCACAUACCGUUUAUGAGACACAUUUAUUCCACCGAUUCCGACGCGUUUCGAGGGGGAAGAAAAAAAAAAAAACAAAAAACAAAAAAGUUAUCGAAAACUUUUAUUACAUCGAAUAUAAUUCUAGUAUUCUGAGAAUUUAAAAACGUGAAGGCUCGGAUUUCACGCGUAACAUCAGCCGCAAAGUAUUUAUUCACACGCGUUUUUUUCCAGUUUCCUUUGUUUUUUCUUUUUUUUUUUCGUUUUUUUUUCUUUUUCAUCACUUAUCAAUUUUACAUUCACCGAAUCAACAUAACUAGGGUCUUGUAGAUAUUAAAAUUAAAAAAAAUAGAAACGUAUAGGAUUAUACGAUAGCUUUAAUUAUUUAAACGAUAUUGCUUAUAAUCAAGAGCAGAUUCGAUAAGAUUAUAUAAACACGAGAGUGCGAAUCGGAGGAAGCGAGAGCGAGAAAGAGCGAGCGCGUGUGCGUGUGUGUGUGUGUGUGCGCGCGCGUGUGCGUGUGUGUGUGUGUGCAUGUGCUCUGAGAGCGAAGCGAACGAGCGAAAGAAGAGAAAAUCGAAAGGAUGAAUAUUGAAAAGUGUGCGAGAGUUAAAAGAAUGAAAAAAAAAAUGUAAUAUAAAAAUGAUGGUGAAAUUCGUAAUCUUGGUAAGGAUUAACGUUCAAUCCGUUAUUGAUGGAGAGAAGAGGAAAAAAAAACAGAAAACAAAAAAAAAUAAGGAAAAACGGUGAGGAGGAAAAAAAUCAUAUCGUAAACUUAAUAAUGAAUAUUUUACAAAAUAAAAAUGUAGAUAGACAUUCAGAAGAUUAUCGAAGCCCCCUCUCAAAAAUUCCCUCCCCCUCUGACCCUUCGACAAACGCGAGGAAGAAGAAAACACGCAACGAGACGACGGACGGAAACGCAACGAUGAUACAAAAAGAAACAAAAAUAAAUAAACAUUCUUCCCGCAGAAGUCCAAACCACCUAUGUUCCCAGACAUGAUAAAACAAUGCGAUGCGUGACAAGAAAAAAGUAUAUAUAUAUAACGCACGAUCUACGAUCAAAAGAUGAAAAAAAAAACAAACUCCGUCAUCCAGUAGUGAAAAUGAGGUAUUAUAAUAAACGAAAGAAAAGAAAACGAAACGAAACAAAAAAAUGAAAGAUCACGGAGGAGAUGAAGAAAAAAUGAUAACCUAAAAUACUGGUUUAUUAAUUUGUAUCUUUUUCUUUUUUCCAACUGUAUUAUAGCAUAUAAAGAGUAUCCUGUACAUUGCAUAACACAUGAGCACUAUUGUUUUAAAUUGUACCUUUAUGAUUAUUAUACGAAGAUAAAAAGAAAAAUAAAUAAGGUAUACAAAAUAUCA